AUGAAGCUCUCUGCAGACGUGCUUGAGAUCAUUGCUUGUGCCAUUUUAAUCCUUGUGAGCUUUGUGGGAAAUGUGUGUUUAUUUUAUUCUACGAGGAAGUGUAUCUCUGGACGUUUGCAGAUAUCAUUUCUUCUCAUUUUCAGUCUUGUAUUUGUCCACCUUAUUAAAAACUUGGUGGUCAAUGUCAUGAAAAUUGUUUAUUCUUCCGGUAUCAUGCUGGAUUCAGCUGGCUGCAAAGUUCUGCACUUCACCUCGGCUCUGACAACUUCGCUGGCCAUCUGGUUCCUGUUACACUUUGCAUUGUUCUACCACCGGAAGCUCUACCACAUUGUCUACCCCUCGGGCGAGGCUGCAAACCUGGACCAACAGAGACAUUCCCUGAAGUGGGUCUCUGCACUUUGGGUGGCUGGUGUGGCAGUGUACAUCCCGGUUUUAAUAUAUACUAGAAAAUCAGAAUACCUGAACACAGGAAAUGAUACAGAAUCCUUGUCUACUAACAGGAUUUACAUGGAUUGCUUAAUUGGCUUUGGAAACGAGCAGGUAGAGUUUUACUAUGGGAAAAUAUUUUUAGUUCUGAUUGAUAUUCUUCCUCUAGCUAUCUUAGUCUUUGUCUGUUUCUGGAUGUCUUUCCUCCUUUCAGAGAAAAAGAAGAUGACAUAUGGUGACAUCUGGAUUGGAGAUGAUGAUUCAGAAACUGAAAUCCUUAGAGGGGCCAAGUUCAGUAUUUUAUUAAUGUUGCUGAUCACUCCACUUUGGAUUUCUCACUUUAUCUUAGUCUAUUUCUUGAAAGACUUGGCAGCAUAUGUCUUUAUUCCAGCUGUUCUCACAGCCCUCUCUUCAGGCUUCUCUGCUCUCAGUCCUUUCCUGCUUAUGUUGGUUAAUUACAAAAUGAAGCUGGUGUCUCUCUGUAAUGCCAAGGAGGAAAAACCCACACUACAGUCUGCGAAUGUUAUUCUUUCUCCGUACACUUAA